UCAAAAAUCCCACGGUAGCAAAUCGGCACACAGAGAAAAUUUGCUGGUUGCCUUCAGACGCAAGAUGAUGCUUCACAAUAUCGUCCCAGUCCGAUGCCCAGAACAGUGGUCCAGAUUGCCGGGAUCAGAGGCAGGCGGGACAACGCGGGCCUGGGAUUUGCACAGUACAGUAGUACAAUAGGAACUGGUGGUGGGACAAAUAGGCCCGAGGUGGGGUAAACGUGCAGAUGGGCUCUUCACAGAGGGGAGACUAUUAUUCUAUUCGCGGAAGACGCUGGUACCUGACAAACGUUCCUGAUAAGAUUGUCGUUGAGAAUAUCAGGGCAUUGAUGUUGGAGGUGGGCUGGAGGGAUGGGUUGGAGGGAUGGAUGGAUGGUGGUGGGUUGGCGGGGUGGAGGGUUGGAUGGAUGGUGGGAUGAAGUCAAUGCGUCGCCGUCGUCCGGAAGAAGGCGUGGAAGGGUGGGCCGGGGUGGCAAGCCACCGCAUGUUGCCGUUCGCCGUGCUGGGCGGCAGCGAAGGCCUGAGCCGAUUGCCUGCAUAUCUGGCUGCAGCCCCGGGGCUUUGCGUCAUGGGCGUGGUGGGCGGCACCCUUGCGCGUGUAACGCGCUCGCACCCACAAUCCAAUCGCUGUAAUGGUCCCCCCACCCCGUGCCGGCCUCCUGCUGGCCAACCAGAACCCCCCCGCGAAAAGGUUGUCAGUGGCCUGUGGCCUGUGGGUAAGCCUGUGGCCUGUGGCCUGGAUCGAAUGGGUGAAGUGAGGAUCGAAGGGCCAAGGGCUGGCCUUGCCGAUGCCUCAUGUUCUCCAUGCCCCUCCCCUCCACCUGCAUCAUUGUCCCAGCCUUGUUUGCUUGCUUCUGCUCCUCUCCUGCUCCUCUCCUGCUGCUCUCCCCUCUGCCCCUCGCUUCACCGUUUACGCGCGAGUGCCCCCAUCUUAUAAGUAGGCCCGCAUGCGCACCCCUCUAUCUUCACUCUCAAUCCGCCUUCACUGCAUUGAAACUUGCCACGUCUGGACCGAGGCGAGCUGCAUCUCUUGUGACUGCCUGGUUCCAGUCCCAUCGAGCCACUCUUUGGUUGCCCCGCUUUGUCUAACCCCCUUUGCCCACCAAAUCCCCAA